CGACAUCAUCUGUCAUCAAGCAGCUUCGUGAUACUGAGAUGGAGCGUUCUCGGUCUAAAAUGGAAGACGAUGAGAGCGGGACGUGCUGGAGUCCCGUUUUCCGUCUCUCCAGCGACCUUUUUCGACCGUUCUCAGAUUAGAUAAGUUAAGACUCGACUCUUAUUCGCCGUCAACCUUCAAUAAUCCUUCGUUCAUCUGGAAACCCAACCAUGGAGAGCAGACUGUCUCAAGUCGCCGAUAUCAGUGGAAAGCGUUUCGACUUCGUCAUUGUCGGUGGUGGUACGUCGGGCCUAACCCUUGCGAAUCGCCUUAGCGAGAAUCCUAACGUUGCGGUCGUCGUUCUUGAAGCUGGAAAGGCCCAUAUCGAUGACCUUCGCAUUCUGAGUCCUAAUGGUUGGCUGCAACAAAUCAUGCAACCCGAGUAUGACUGGAAAUUUUCUACUGUCCCUCAAGGUCAUGCUGCAAACUCAGCCCUUGUUUGGAGUCGGGGCAAGGGUCUUGGCGGUAGUUCUGCACUGAACCUGAUGCUGUGGACUAGGCCGCAGCGCGAGGACAUUGACGCCAUCGAACGACUCGGCAACCCUGGUUGGAACUGGGACCGCUUCCACGAAUACUCCAAGAAGAGCGAGAAAUUUGUACCGGUGGUGGCCGCUUCACCUAGUGAAUAUAAAGAUUUGAUUGAGGAGAAGUCUGUGGGAUCGAAUGGCCCUAUUCCAAUCUCCUUUGUUCCCACUAGCUCUGGUGCCGAGGCUCCCUACCAGAAGAGUCUUGCAAAGCAUGGUGUUCAACUUUCUCAUGAUUCUCUGAGUGGAGAGACGACGGGAACAUGGAAAUCUCUGUCCGUUGUAGAUCCCGAGACAGGAAAUAGGAGCUAUGCUUCCAAUGCAUACCUGCUCCCUGUCAUCGAUCGCCCGAACCUGAAAGUCCUCACUGAAGCCUAUGUCACAAAGAUCGUCACCUUGAGGGAUGGCGGCGAGUUGAAUGCCAGCGGGAUUGAGUUUGAAUGCAAUGGACGCACAUAUACAGUGUAUGCUGGUAAAGAAGUCAUCUUGUCUGCCGGUGCCAUCAAAACCCCGACCAUCCUUGAAUUGAGCGGUAUCGGUGACCCUGCUAUCCUGGAGCCCCUUGGCAUAGUUGUCCAGAAGGAUCUUCCGGCCGUUGGGGCGAACGUCAGAGACAAGCUUUAUACCAGGAUUGUAUUAGAAAUGCAAGAUGGCAUCGUGAGCAGCAACCUGCUCAAGGAUCCAAACUUUCAAGAGAAGUUGCGCAGUUCCCACCCCAACUUGAAGGGGCCAUUCACCUUGGCGAUGACUGGUGUCACCUUCCUUCCUGUCCAGGCAUUCUCGGAGAACGCGAAUGCGAUAAUUGAACGAUGCGCUGAGAAGAUUUCUGCAGACGCCUCAGCGUACCCUCCUGGUGUGAAGGAGCAACUUGAUAUACAGCUCGAUCUCCUCAAAGAUGAAGCGGUUCCGGAUACUGAACUCCUUGUUACGCCGUUCUCCUUUGCACCACCCAUUCAGGGAAGGCCGUACAUUAUUCUUGCUGUAUGCGUCAGUCACCCUUUCUCCCGAGGCAGCAUUCAUAUUCAAUCCGCGGACCCCAAGGUCGCCCCACUUAUCGAUCCGCACUACUUUGAAGAGAGUGUGGACUUGGAUAUCAUAGUCGAAGCAACGAAAUUCGCGCGCAAGGUUGCACAGACAGAGCCUUUCAAGAGCAUAACCGUACAGGAAGUUGUCCCGGGGCCUAGCGUAAUCACCGACGAGCAGUUACGUGAUACGGUGAGGAAUAAUCUGUCUACAAUCUGGCACACUGUGGGUAGCGCGUCCAUGCUGCCUGAGGACAAAGGCGGUGCGGUGGAUGCUACACUCAAGGUAUAUGGCACGAAGAACAUACGCAUCGUGGACCUUUCCGUGAUACCGCUCCCAAUUGCUUCUCAUACUCAAACGGUAGCCUACGCGAUUGCUGAACAAGCUGCUGAUAUUAUCAAGGCGAUCCAUAACAUCUAGUUCGAGCUUCUACAUUGACCUCAUGAAAUGUACGCAGCUCGCUUCUGCAGCAAGGUCUUGCAUGAGGAUGCUUCGCAUAUGUUUGUCUGUUCUCAGACCGUUGCGUGAAGUAUUUCUGUGUUUGAUUGUGCCAGAACGUGUAUGUCAGUGGCUCGUUAUGAAGGACCUGACGCAUUCGGUCCCGCCCGUGCC